AUGACGAUGGAGCAAGCCCCAAAGAAUUUGCAAUUCGGGACGCCGGCGAUGCUUCUGAGUGACAGAGUCUCAUCUGAUGCCUCCACGAUGCCUCAACAAGAGACAGAGACCGCUGCGAAGCCUGGCUUCAUGACCAGGCUUCGCGAGGAAAUCAACCCUUCACACUCAGACCUGCCCGUCCUGGCGACUUGUUUCGUGUCAGGGAUUUGUGACAGCGUCGCUUUUAACGCUAGCAGCGUCUUCGUGAGCAUGCAGACCGGCAAUACUAUCUUCCUCGCGCUCGGUACAGCAAAUCUCCCCUACGCCGCCGAGACACUUUGGCUCAGAGCACUGGUGUCCAUCGUCUGCUUCUGGGCGGGAUGCUUUUUCUUCAGCCAGUCCCGCAGAAUCCAGCCCAAAGGAAAGAUGACCCUAGCUGGUUCGUUCUUCAUCCAGUCCGCUUUCAUUAUCACCGCGGCGGCAGUGGCUCAGAGCGGCGCCGUCCCUGCGUUCGGUAUGCGAUCUCUCGGCACUGCAUUAGCGCACGAAAGGCUUGCCAGCUACGAGACAGAGGCUAUGACACUGCUGCCAGUCGCGUUGUUGGCAUUCCAAUUUGGAGGUCAGAUCGUGACAAGCCGAGUCUUGGGGUUUAAUGAGGUGCCGACAAAUGUAUUGACAUCGCUCACUAACGUGUACUUAGACUGCGACUUGUUCUCUGAUCCGUUGAUCAUAGCGCCAAUUGGUAAGAAUGUGAAGCGCAACAGGCGGGUUGUCGCUGUUCUCUUGAUGGUCGCGGGUGGAAUCAUUGGGGCUUGGCUGCAGAAGUCGAAAGCCGGGAUGCCAGCUGCGUUGUGGAUUGGAGGAGCUGUCAAGAUGGUUAUCGCUGUGUCAUGGUUGUUCUGGAAAGGCAAGAAGGUGGCCAAAAUUCAAGCUUUCAGACAAGAGCAGCUUUCAUUCCUCCUUCUAUGA